AUGCUAUCCAUUACGCCACUAGCGCCAUCGCCGACGAGACUAGCGCCACGAGAUAAUGAUGACUCGAAUAGUCCCACGGGGAUGCCCACAAUAUCGACUCAGCAAGAUGCAAUAAUCACAGUAACCACAAUACCAAUGAGAUACAACCCCUACAUCAGCAACCCGACAGCACCACAGGGUCUAGUAUUUAUCAUCGUGGGAGCUAUAAUUGGCUUCAUUCUACUUGCUUCGUUAGCGUACCGAAUAGUGACCCAUUUCUACUACUCGGCGAAAGCGCAAAGGGAAAAAGAGACGUAUUUCGUCAAUGAAAACCCCCAGCAUGGAUUCGUCGAUGUGCUACUGAACCAUUAUAGUUUCCCUCACCAUAGAUCACAUUCGGCGCUUUCGUUAUCGACAAGCUCGACUUCGUCUCAGGGCAAGAGUCUCCAGAGCCACUUGUUGAGUGAUAAAAAGCAGUAUCGCCGGCCGAUGUUUGAAAACCCGAGUUUGGACUAUAAGAAGUUGGACUUGCUGUUGGGCGAUUUGGCGAGUGGCUCGAUGGGGUCUGCGCUGACGUUGUAUGCGCACAAGAACAAUUCAUCUGUGGGGUCGUUUAUGAUGAUGAAGCAAUUUGCAGGCGGUGGUGCUACUGGUGGAGGAGGAGGAGGAGGAAAAGGAGAAGGAGACGGGCUCAUGCCGCAGAUUUCUGUCAAUGGGAUCGAGAUGAGGGAUUUGGAGUCCGGUGCUGUGUCGACUGUGGGAAGUACCACGGAUGCUAGUGGGAAUAACCAUAAUGGCAAUGGCCCACCUGCCGCCAUUUUGAGACCACCUUCUUUAUACCUUGAAGAUUUAUUGAACUAA